CCAUGACUGGAAGCAGAACACCAUUUUGAAAUAUGUAACACCAGGGCAGCUUUCCAGGAUGUACAGCUCCUGCUCAACAAUAUUUCUAGAUGACAGCACACUCAGCCAGCCUAAUUGUUCCAACAUAAUACAACGUGUCAUUUUUGCCUUAUAUUUUCACAUACAGAAUAGAGAGGCAAAUAGAUCCCUGGAUAUUUUUGAUGAGAGAUUGCAUCCAGUGACAAUUUAUGUAGAAAGACUUUUAACUUAUGCUGACAUUGACCUCUGCCCCACAAAUUGGUAAAGGAUUGUCUUGGGAGCCAUGCUCCUGGCCUUCAAAUUUUGGCAGGAUAAGCCUGUGUGGAAUUGACACUUUUGUGAAAUAUUCAAGGAAAUUUCGAUUAAAGACAUAAAUCGGCUAGAAAAGCAUUACCUGAAUA